ACCGCCUGCAGCGCUGAGGUCGCGGCCGCUUUCCCCGGCCUCGCGGGCCGACGCAGGGGCAGUGGCCCCGAGGGAGGGCAGAGAACGUGAGCAGCGGGAAGGGCCCAGGCACAGUCCUGAGGUGACUGAGGACGAGAAGCGCUCCUUCCCGGCACCCUGCGUGGCAGGACGGAAAGGGGAGACGCGGGCAGGGGGCUGCUGCCCGGUUCAGAGCACCUCUUCGCUGCGGCCUGGUCCCCGGAAGCUCUGAUGCUCCGAUCCCAGUUCCCCCUAGUUUCCGGUGGGUUUUAGUUGGGACGUGCGGGCCUGCAGGGUGCCUUCUGAUCCCGCUUGCCCCCCAGAAAGGCCCUGGCGUCUCCUCUCUCCCCCAGGCCAGCCGUCCUCCCGAGCAAGCGUCCUGAGGACGAAGACUUGUUACGCAUCUUAAAGUCAAGGUUCAGAUGAGUUACCUUUUUUGUUCAGUAAAUGUCUUGUGUUUAUAGGACUUCAGACUCUUUGCUUUCCUUGGCCUGAAAUGUUCUCCCCAACAGUGACUAAUUCUUUCCGGAGAGGUGUGAUGGGGCCGUGCAGGUGUCUGCAGAGAACACAGAACAGAAGAAUGCGGUGGGGAGGUUCGUGUUGUGCUUCGUUUUAGCCUGUGAUUUGGUCAGGAGGGUACUUGUUUUAAGGUGGGAUCCGCGGUCUUUCCCACCGGCCUGACUUCCAGAGCACGGAUGCCAUCCCGGAGAUCACAUUGCAUUUCAUUGUCGUGUGUCCUUAAGCUUCUCUUGGCUGUGACAGUUUCUCAGACUUCCCUUGUUUCUGAUGACUUUGAAGGUUUUAAGAGGUACAGGUAUUUGAUAGGAUGCCCCUCUCUUGGAACCUGAUGCUUUUCUCGUGGUUGGACUGGGUUUACGGUUUUGGGGGUGGAAGAUCACUACUUUUAUCAUAUCUUGGCAAGAACACAAACUGUCAGCAUGAUUUAUGAUUUCUGAGUGUGAACUUGAUCAUUUAGCUGAGGUGGUUUGUCCGUUUUCUCUACUGUGAACUUACUCCCAUUUUUCAAAGACUGGGUCUCCCCAAGUGACAGCUGUGUGUUUCAGAAGCCCUGUUGCUAGAGCCUAGUCAGUCUGACCCUGCUUUGGUGGUCACGUCUUUCUCUCUUCUCACCCCCUCACGUGCUUGUAAGGACCCCUACAAUUACUUUGGGCCCACCUGGCAUAAUUCAGGAUACCUUCCUAUCUUGAGGUCAGCUGACGAGCGACUUCCAAGUCCACCUGCAACCUAACUCCCCUUUGCCGUGUAAUGUAACAUAGUCACAGGCUCCAGGGUUAGGAUACAGACAUGUUUGGGAGACAGUUGUCCUGCCUGCCACAGGCCUAUCCAUCCACAGUUCCCCUGAUGACCAAAAUAUACCCACUCCCCCAUAACUGUGGACUUUUUCUUUGUUGAUUUGUUUUAAAUUUGGGACUAUCUUAAAUUAUAUUUCUUAUCAUGGAAUUAAUAUAGGCCUGCAGCAAAAGGUUCAGCUUCCUAAGGAGCUCGUAAAGAAGAAACUCGAAAUUACCCAUAGCUGUACCACCCAGAGAUAAUUGCUGUUGAUAUUUUGAAACCCCAAGAGGACUGAUCAGUUCUUGAUUCUAAAACUAUGGCGCACGGUUUGGUGACAUUCUCAGAUGUAGCCAUCGACUUCUCUCAGGAGGAGUGGGCAUGCCUGGACUCCACGCAGAGGGACCUGUACUGGGAUGUGAUGUUGGAGAACUACAGUAACCUGGUCUCCCUGGAUUUAGAGUCACCAUAUGGGACCAAGAGUUUACCUACAGAAAAGGGCAUUUAUGAAAUAAAUUUAUCCAAAUGGAACUCAGAUGGAAAAAGUAAAUCCCUUGGCCUUGACUGGAUGUGUGAAGGUGAGUUUGAAGGACCACGGGGCCCUCAAGAGGGCUGUUUCAGUCAAAUGGUAAUCAACUGUGAGAAAACGCCCACUUGUAGAGAAAAUACCUCUGUUAGACCACAUCAGAGACUUCAUACUAGGGAGAAUUCCUAUGAAUGUAAGGAAUGUGGGAAGGCCUUUAGUCGUGGCUACCAGCUCACUCAGCAUCAGAAAAUUCACACGGGUGAGAAACCCUACGAAUGUAAGGACUGUAAAAAGGCCUUUCGUUGGGGUAAUCAACUCACUCAGCAUCAGAAAAUCCACACUGGUGAGAAACCCUAUGAAUGUAAGGACUGUGGGAAGGCCUUCAGGUGGGGUUCAAGCCUCGUCAUUCAUAAGAGAAUCCAUACGGGUGAGAAACCCUAUGAAUGUAAGGACUGCGGGAAGGCCUUUAGACGUGGUGACGAGCUCACUCAGCAUCAGAGGUUUCACACUGGGGAGAAAGACUAUGAAUGCAAAGACUGUGGCAAGACCUUCAGCCGUGUGUAUAAACUCCUGCAGCACAAGAGAAUUCACAGUGGUGAGAAGCCCUAUGAAUGUAAGGACUGUGGGAAGGCCUUCAUCUGUGGCUCGAGCCUCGUUCAGCACAAGAGAAUUCAUACUGGUGAGAAGCCCUAUGAAUGCCAGGAAUGUGGGAAGGCCUUUACUCGAGUCAAUUAUCUCACUCAGCAUCAGAAAAUCCACACUGGUGAGAAACCUCACGAGUGUAAGGAGUGUGGGAAGGCCUUUCGCUGGGGUUCAAGCCUUGUUAAACAUGAGAGAAUUCAUACCGGUGAGAAGCCGUAUAAGUGCACAGAAUGUGGGAAGGCCUUUAAUUGUGGCUACCACCUCACCCAGCAUGAGAGAAUCCACACUGGUGAAACGCCUUACAAAUGCAAGGAGUGUGGGAAGGCCUUCAUCUAUGGGUCAAGCCUUGUUAAACACGAGAGGAUUCAUACAGGGGAGAAACCGUAUGAAUGUAAAGAGUGUGGGAAGGCCUUUAGUCAUGGCCAUCAACUUACACAGCACCAGAAAAUUCACACUGGCGAGAAAUCCUUUGAGUGUAAGGAAUGUGGGAAGGCAUGUAACCACGUGAACCACCAGAGAGUUCACACUGCCGGAAAACCUAUUGAACAAAAAGAAGGUGCAGAAGCUUCUAUACAACAUUCAUUCCUUCCACAGCACAAGGAAAAUCCAUGAUACAGUUUAACAUAAGAAAGCCUUCACUGGUCACUCUCCUGCUUAUAAGCAUCUCAGAAUAGUCAUGCUCCAGACAAAUUUGGAGAAUGGAGAAAUCACUUUAUCUUAGUGAUCACAACACACUCAAUGUAGACUUGUUUUUUCGUUUUGCCGAAUUGGUUUAAUGAGUGGAUAGAAGCCUCCCGCUACCAUUUGAGCUCCGUCUCACCUCAGAUUUGUUCUAGGGAAUAACUGGUGUAACAUAUGUGGGAAAUCCUCUCGCCGUGGUACACACCCUCCCUGUUAACCAUCACCAUCCCACCUCUUUCCUCCUGUGACACACUGGGGAAAUGACCUGUUACCCCUGUGUGUUGUGUGUGAAAUGGGGAUAAUCACACCUAUCUAAUACUGCUAUUGUGGUGACUGAGUUUGGUACAUGUAAACUCUCUGGAGGUGUAUCUGGAACGUUGUGUAAGCUCAAUAAAUAUUAGCUGCUGUUGUUCUUACCAUCCU